CCCCAACCCAGGCACGUACGCUCUGGACCAUGUCUAGCGGGCUGUCGGAAGGGGGCCGGACAGAGGACCAGGAGCGGAGUAGCUGCAAACCGGACUCUCCUGUUAUAGAGCGCAGGAAUCGCAGUGGCAUCAUCAGUGAGCCCCUCAGUAAGAGCCUUAAGAACUCCCGCACCCUAUCCCAGUAUACAGCAGUCUCUUCUGCCACCACCAAUGGACACAAGGACAAUAGUGAGACUAAGAGCCACUCGGCUAAGCCUCAGCCACCCCUGCAGCCCCAGCCCACUGUCUCCGCACUGACAGCAGCCAAGUUGGACCAGACCCUAGAGCAGGUUCUGGAGGGACAGAAUGGCCUGCUGCACUUUGCCCAGGCAGCAGCACUGUUAAAGCGGGCCGGUAUGGAGCACAUGCUCCUGCCUGGGGGCAUGGGAGUGGGAGUUGGCGGUGGAGAUGCAGGCUCGGGGGCUAGCGACUUGGAGGGUACGUCUGUCACGGACGCCGUAGGUGGUCCUGUUGACUUCCCAUAUGGAGUAGGGGGUGGCUUCCCCUUCAACCCGGGGCUUUUCAUCAUGACGCCGGCUGGAGUGUUUCUGGCGGACAGCGCGCUACACAUGGCCGGCCUGGCCGAGUAUCCAGCACAGAGUGAGCUGGCCUCUGCUAUCAACUCCGGUAAAAAGAAGCGAAAACGUUGCGGCAUGUGCCCACCUUGUCGACGGCGGAUUAACUGCGAGCAGUGCAGCAGCUGCCGGAAUCGCAAAACAGGCCACCAGAUCUGCAAGUUUCGCAAAUGUGAGGAACUGAAGAAGAAGCCCUCUGCUGCUCUGGAGAAGGUGAUGCUUCCUACAGGAGCGGCGUUCCGGUGGUUCCAGUAGGACUCCUCCUCCACUCCCUACCCAAAGCUCUGCCAUCAAGUGCAAUGCCAACUCUUGGAUUGUCUCCGGAACAGACACUGGCUAAUAAACAAACAAACAAGCAACAAAUAUAAAAAAUUCCAGA